AUUUAUAUAUCUUGUAAAAUGCACAAAGCACCUCAAGUCUCGUUAACCGUUCUACUUAUCUUGUCCCUUCUUGUGUUAGGAACAGGAGUUGAAGGAAAAGAAUGUACCGUGCGUUCUAAAAAUAAAAAUAACACAUGUUCAUUCACAAAAUGUGACGCUAGGUGUGCACGGUUGUAUAGAGGCUAUGGUGAUUGCCGUCAUGGUCAGAGAGUAACAGACAAACCAGGAACAUUAAGGUGUUACUGCACUUAUUCUUGUUGAAAGACAUCACGAGUGCACACGCCUGCCUUUUAUCGUUGCCGUUAACUUUUGUUAUGUGUACCGUAACCAUCAUAUCAUAUUCAUGACAGUUGCAUUUAUAAUAUAAUAAAACACUAGAUUAGUACCCAUGCUA